AUGCGCCUCUGCUCCGCGGCUCCCCUCCGUGGCCGACCUCGGGUCCGCUCGUGGCCGGGUCGCCUGCGCCGUUGCCCUCUCGUGCGCAGGGCCCCUGCCGCGCGAGUGCGCGCUCCAGGCCGCGCCGGGCCGCUCGCCCCGACCACCGCUGGGUUGCGCGGAUGCCGCCUGGGGCCUCCUCGCGUGUGCUCGGCCGCGGCCGGCUGCCCGGGCGCCUUCGUCCCCACGCGCCGCUCUGGCUCCCGCGGCUGCGCGCGCGCUGGCUGCUGGCUGGUCGGUCCCCCACCGUCGCGUCACCUCUGGCUGCGCCCGUGUACCGGCCCGUAUCCGCGUCGCAGCGCCGCCUCCUCCUUCGCACACAGCCUCCGCGCCCGGCCGACUGCCGGCUCCCGCGCUGCUGCAGAGCCCCGCGCCGGCCUCGCUCUCCCGUGCGCCGACCCGCGGUCGAGUGCCCCUCGCCGGCUUGCCGAGGCCGGCUCCGGCUCGUGCCUCGACCCGUCCGGCUGGCUCCACUUCCGUAAGACGGCGGCCGGGUUCUCCGCCCCCGUGCCGACUUCUCCACGCGCGCCGGCUGCGCCUCGCCUCCGCUCCAGUCAGCUGCCGGGUCCGGCUCCUCCCGCGUCGCCGCACCAGGUCCGGCUCCCGCAUCGCCUCGCCCUCCCGCAUGUCGACUCCGCCCCGCACGCCACACCUCCCGCGCUCGACCGGGUCGCCGUGCGCCCGCUGGCCGGCUCCUCCAGGUCACCUCCCCGCGCGCGGCCCGGGCCGGCUCACCGCCUCCGCUCCUCCCGGCUCCGCCUCCGCCCAGCUGCGCCUCGCGCGCUCGGCUCGGUGCACCCGCGACCCGGCCCUGGCUGGCUCCGCCACUCGGCCCCGCCUCGCCGCCACCUGGCCUUGCCGGCUAUAGCUCCCGCCGCGAGCGCCGUGGCGGGCUGUGCCCCGCCGGGUCCCCGCUCCGGCCGUCUGCUGUGGCCGACACCUGAAAAAAAAGCUGAAGAAAGAAAGGGGCUGGGUGCCCAUCCGGCUAGAGAAAAGAAAGAAGAGGUCGGCUGCUGCGCUCCCACUGCGGCCGCCUGCUGCGGUUGCGUGCCCGAAGAAGAAAAGAAAAAGAAAAGCCAGAUGAGGUCGGGUGCUCGGGGAAAAUAA